UUGAAGUAGAAGUAGACGAACUACUCAAGAAAUUUCAGAAAUGGCGGAUCGAAGGCAUGUUGCCUCUUCCUGGAUCUUCCACCUUUGAUCUUGAAGAAGAACUAGAAGAGCUACAUAAGAAACUUGAAAUAAUAAUAAUGGAAGGUUCUCUCCAUUCUCUCCCCACCACUGAUCUUAAGGAAAAGCUAGAGCAAGUAUUUGAGGAAAUUAGGAUGCUGAGAACGAAAGGUUGUUUUUCUGCCCUUAAACUUUCAACCACUGAUCUUGAGAAAAAACUAGCUGAACUAAGCAUGGAGCUUCACAGGCUCAGAAUGGAAGGUACUUUGCCUCCCCCUGAACUCUUUACUGCUGAUCUUGAAGAUGAACUAAAAGAACUUGACUAUCUUACUUGGAUACUUAAAGCAAGAGAGAAAGGUAGUUUACGUUCCAUUUAUGACACCAUUGAUACAGUAGAUAGACUACGCAAGGAACUUGAGAAAGUCAAGAUGGAAGCAUCAAAGAACGCCAUGUAUCCGACCAUUAGAUCAGGACUGGCGAAGUUUGAUGUCAGUUUACCCAAGGAACUCCAGAACUAUGUCAGCUACUUAUUAAAUGAGUCAGCCAAACUUCACUUCCGCAAACAAGUACUCCAACCACCUCGUGCCUUAGAGGAAUUACGAGAAGCAAUGGAUAAAGACGAAUUGAUAGCAUUCCUUACUAUUCACAUCAGAGAAGGUGCAUGGCAGGUGGUGCUGCUGUUUACGGAUGAGCUCCCCAGGGUUAAACUACCACGGGACUGGUGUGGUAUAAUUCAUAACGAGGACGAGGAGGUGUCUAAUGAAGUGAUAUACAGUUCGACUUCAGGCAUAUUGAAUGGGUGGCCGUAAACAGAGUACGACCCUGAUUUGAUAACACUGUGUAAAGCGAUCACCAACAGGGACUGGAAAGUAACCAGAUUAAUUCUCUCAAGGAGUCGGAUAUCUGAUGAAGGUUUGAAGAACUUGAGUACAGCGCUUCCUCAGAGUGAACUUUACAGCUUGACACUGAAUGGCAUUGGUUUACAAAGUCAAGGAUUAAAAUACCUGUGUGAAGCGCUGAUCAGUAGUGACUGCCAUUUAACCACUUUAAACGUCAGUGAGAAUAGGUGGGGAGACGAAGGAAUGGUAUACUUGUGUAACGCACUAACCAGCAUUGACUGUACAUUAACCAGCUUAAACGUCAGUGACAAUAGGUUAGGAGACGAAGGAAUCAUGCACUUGUGUAACGCGCUAACCAGCGUUAACUGCAGAUUAACAAGCUUAAACGCCAGUCACAUUCGGUGGGGAGACAACGGAAUUAAACACUUGUGUGAUGCACUUACCAGCAGUAACUGUGUGUUAACCAAAUUGAAAAUCAGUUUUAUUAGAUUAGGAGAUGGAGGAAUCAAAGAAUUGUCUGAAGUUUUAACCAACGGAUUCUGUACAUUAACAAGUUUAGACGUAAGCGGCAACGAAUUUGGAGAUGAAGGAAUCAAGCACCUGUGUAAGGCCUUGACUGAUACCAACUGCAAACUACGGAGCUUAGACUACCACGGAAAUUGGAAUGUAACUGAUGAAGGCAAAAAAUAUUUGUCUCAAAUGUUAACUGGUACUGAUUGGGAAGUUAGAGGAGCACAACUUUCCCGUUCAACUACAAAGUAGACCAAGUAACAAGUCAGAGUCACAGAGACCUGACAGGUUCCUCCUGUUACGUUUCGCUUGUCAUGAAAUAAAUUCCAUUUUUAUAAAUGACAACUUAGAGAUUACUGUUCAAGGUGCUUAAUUAGAUAACUGACCUUCUAGUCACUAUCACUUGUUGAACGGAGUAUUAAAAAUGACCAGCAGUGAGGCAGUCGAAACAUCGCGAUCAAGA